AGAAAGGAGGUCAAGAGCAUAGAUAAGAUGUCAGAACUGGAAACAGCUAUGGGAAUGCUCAUUGAUGUCUUUGACCGGUAUGCAGGAACUGAUAGCAAUAAGGAGACUCUGACUAAAGAAGAACUAAAGACACUCUUGGAAAAAGAGUUCCCAAACUUUGUUAAGAAUGGGAAGAAUAAUGAGGCAAUUGAUAAACUAUUUGAAAACCUGGAUAACAACAAGGAUGCUCAGGUGGACUUCAACGAGUUCAUGAUCUUCACUGCUGCCCUGACUGUUACCUGUCAUAAGUACUGUCACCAGAAGGGACCUAAGUGAUUCUAGACAGGCCAACCACAGAUGACAGAAUCUUGCUGAUUGGAAUAAUGUGCUGUGUAGAAUUAAAAGGCUUGUUGAUAAC